CCUUUCCUCAGGGCCCCGCCUGGUGCCAGCCCCUCCACCCGUGGGGGGACUGCGCCUGGAAGCUGUCAUGGAAGCCCUGCAGAGACAGCAGGCAGCCAGGCUGGCCCAGGGGGUGGGGCCAUUGGCCCCUCCACACCCACCACCACCACCACCACCACCAGCACCACCGGGGCCUUCCUUUCCUGGAUCCCGCACCCUGGAGGCCCCUGAGAGGGGGUUGGGGGAGGUUGGAGCUGAGGAAGAAGAGGAUGGCCAAGAUGAGGAGGAAGAAGAAGCUGGGGCAGAAGAUGAGGCAGCCGAGGAGAGCAUGCCAGGGACCCGGGGCAGCAGCUCACCUUCCAGCCAGCCCCCUGGACCUCAUCCCCACGAGUGGACCUACGAGGAGCAGUUCAAGCAGCUGUACGAGCUCGAUGCAGACCCCAAGAGGAAAGAAUUUCUGGAUGACCUGUUUAGCUUCAUGCAGAAGAGGGGGACACCCGUGAACCGUGUGCCCAUCAUGGCGAAGCAGGUGCUGGACCUGUACGCGCUGUUCCGCCUGGUGACGGCCAAGGGCGGUCUAGUGGAAGUCAUCAAUCGCAAGGUGUGGCGGGAGGUCACGCGCGGCCUCAGCCUGCCCACCACCAUCACGUCGGCCGCCUUCACUCUACGCACCCAGUACAUGAAGUAUCUGUACCCGUACGAAUGCGAGACGCGGGCGCUCAGCUCCCCUGGGGAGCUCCAGGCUGCCAUCGACAGCAACCGGCGCGAGGGCCGUCGUCAGGCUUACACCGCAGCCCCGCUCUUCGGCCUGGCUGGGCAGCCACCUCGGGGCACUCCUGGCCCCGCCCCUGAGCCCGGGCCCGCCCCGCCCACGCCCAGCCCACGCUCUGCUCAUGGCCCCGCCUCUGGCCUGCCGGCCCACGCCUGCGCGCAGCUAAGCCCGAGCCCCAUUAAGAAAGAAGAGAGCAGAAUUCCCACCCCUCGACUGGCACUGCCUGUGGGCCUGGCCUUUGGACCUGCACGUGAGAAGGUGGCACCAGAGGAACCCCCAGAGAAGAGGGCUGUGCUGAUGGGGCCCAUGGACCUACCUCGACACAGCGCACCCCCCAGUUUCCUGCCCCGUGGCAAGGUUCCCCUUAGGGAAGAGCGGCUGGAUGGGCCUCUCAGUCUGGCAGGCACUGGUAUCAGCAGUAUCAACAUGGCCCUAGAGAUCAACGGGGUGGUCUACACUGGUGUCCUCUUUGCCCGUCGCCAGCCUGUACCAGCUUCCCAGGGCCCAACCAACCCUGCACCCCCACUCCCGACAGGGCCCCCUUCCAGCACCUCACCCUGAGAACUCUUACUUGAAACUGAGAGUCCCGACCCCAUUGCUGAGGGGGAAGGGGACCCAUUCUUCCAGCGUGCCCAUUCUAGGACCCAGCCCUGGGAGGUGACCACUACCCACUCCCACCCCCCACUGCCAUAUGGACUUGAAGCCAAAGAGAUUUCUUUUGAUGUUACAUCUACCUCAUUGCAAAAGGAGGGCACUUCCUCCCUGGCCAACUCCAGCAGCAUCUACCAAAGAGUUCUUCCCCCAAUAAUAAUAAGAGUUCUUACCAUCAUCUCCUCAUGUGCUCCCCUGUGCCAAUGUCAUCUUUAGAACGCCACCUCUUCAAGUCAGACCUGCUUCUCUUCAGGAGCCAGGUGAAGGGAUGGGUUGGGUUGUUGUAAAGGAGAUGUCCCUCAGUUCAUAUCUGGAUAAUAAAGCUGUGAUCCCUCCCUCCCAAGUGCUUCCUCUCCUUCUUGUUUGGGUCUGUGGGUUGGGGAGGAAGAGGAAUUACGUGGUAUACACAGGCUGUGUUGGGCCAGGGGUUUUCAAGAAGGAAGACAGAAUA